UCCUGCCUGCUCCCCGCUCUCAUACACCCACCCUCAGCCGCCCAUCAUCAUGAAGUUCGUUAUCUUCGCCUGCCUCGCCGCCCUAGCCCUCGCCAAACCUCAGUUCCAGAACCCUCACCACUAUGAGAUACUGAAGGACGUAAGAGAGGACAACGGUGACGGCAACUUCAACUACGAGUUCGAGACCGAGAACGACAUUUACAGUAAAGUGGUGGGACGCCCCGGGUCAAAGGGACAGAGUAACAUAGAGGGAACCUUCAGAUUCAUUCUUCCUGACGGUACUCGGGCUGACGUUCGAUUUGUCGCCGACGAGCAGGGUUACCGUGCCGAGUCCCCCCUCAUCCCCACCCCCCACCCCCUCCCUGCCCAUGCCAUCGAGCAGAUCGCCUUUGCCCAGUCCCAACAAGGCCGUGCAGCUGCUGGUCGCGGAAGGCCGUUCUAGAGACUCUUCCGUUUGGAUUACUCACGACAUCUGAACUCUGAACAUCCUUGGUCUAUCCACACCUCGCAAUCCUCUUACAUACAUUAUUAUAAUCUUCAGGACACCUCCCUGGUCCCACGGUAGGCACUGGGGGACCUCUAAAACAUCCUACCACGCCAACCAAGAUACCAAAAAAAAUACCAUCCUAAAACAUCCUAUCAUCUCAAGAUCCUCAAAACGCCUCCAGGACUGAGCAUGGCAUUUCCUAGGUCAAACUACACCCUAAUGACCUCCCUUGGCACACCGUGACAGUAGGAUUCUCUCCAUGUUUCUUCACCACCGACCAUCACCACCUGUCUGUACACUGAGAAGAUCACAGACUCCGGGGGUAUAAAACUGGCAUGCCUCGAACUCUCCUUGAACGACGAAAUCCUAUGCUUUUGUGAUGCUUUUGUAAUAAAUAGCAUGCAAUAUAUUUUUUGGUCAUUAU